GGAAGCUUCAUCUUUUCAUCGACGGUUUCAGAAGCAUCACAAUCCAUCCUCCAGCGUACUGAAAGGACAUAGCUAAAAUCAGGCCUCGAGCUCGCUCUGCCUUUCCUUCCAACUUCAUCUUCAAGUAUUAAGGUAGGUACGUCACAAAAUUCAGCCAGAAAUCAAAACAGGGGCGCCAUUUUGCUAAGAAGAAGGCGGGGAGAUUGGAACGCUUUGUGGCCGUCUUCCCUGCAUCCCGCUGUAGCUUAUCUUCUGCAGGAGCUUUGUUGGUGUAGUUCAUCCAGCGCGCAGGAAUGGCGUCUGCGAUCGCUGCUCCGUCGGCGGCGGCCUUCUCCUCGCUCGUGUCCGCCUCUGCGGCGUCCUCAACAUGUGGCAGACAAGCCACAUACAGGGCCUGCCCUUACUCAAGGGCUCUUCCUGCUCGGCACAACGGCCUGUCCGCUAUGCAGUUGCCCUCAACAAAGAUGCAUAGCCAGAAAUUCAGGCCAGUUGCUCCCUGCCGCGCAAAGGUAGUUGCGGAGGCCAAGUCUGGGGCGCGGGUCCAGGAUCCAUGCGCAGAGGGAGUCACUGGCGUCGUUUCGGACAAGACCUGGGACGAGCUUGUGAAGAGCAGCAAAGUCCCCGUGUUGGUAGAUUUCUGGGCCCCGUGGUGCGGACCCUGCCGGAUGAUUGCGCCCCUCAUCGACGAGCUAGCAAAGGACUACAAGGGAAAGCUGUUGUGUUUGAAGCUGAACACCGAUGAGAGCCCGAGCAUCGCCACAGAGCACGGGAUCAGGAGCAUUCCGACCGUCAUGAUCUUCAAGGGCGGGAAGAAGCUCGACACUGUCAUCGGGGCUGUUCCCAUGACUACGCUGACGACCACUGUGGAGAAGUUCCUGGAAUGAGAGGACCUGUAAAUCUGCUUUCAAAGAGUAACAUAGUGGCCGGGCAUUUGAAGCGAUGUUGUGAUGAGGAGGAAUGGGACGGCAGUCAAUGUGCAGGGACGCUGCUGCCUUCCUGCAUUUGGCGGUCAUAGAGGGCCUCCACUGUAUGGUUCAUAGGGUUCCGGGUAGGAGGGGACUGCUGCUCCGGAGGUGUCAGAAGCUGGCUGCGGGGACGCUUCUGCAUGGAGCUGAAGUGAGUUGCACUAAGUGGUGACUGGAGCAGCAUCUGGACUUUCCACCUGUUUGAGCAAUAUUUGCAAGGAAUCGAAGUCAUCCAGCAGGAAAAGUAGGGACUGGGAUCGGUUGUGUAGGUUGUUCAUAAGCUGCGAAACUGUCCGUCCAUUGUGCACAAUGUUUCCGAUCAUGGUUGCUGGCAGGCCGAGUUGCAUGGAAACCCGUUCUCGCAGCCUGCUUCGACAUUUGCUUGCUUCUGUGGUCCCGAUUGGUGGGACACCAUAUGAUGCAACUUUCAGUUUUUGCUUCCAAUUGCAUCG